GCUGCUUCUGUUGUCUAGCCUAGAGUUGUCAAGCUUGUGAUUUUGCCACAUCAGAGUAAGUUGUUUUUUGUUGUGUGUUCAAACAAUAACAUUAGAUCAGGCAAAAACAUUUGUUUAAAUAAAUUAUUAGAAUGUAUUAAGCGUAAGUUGUAGUGCUCCUUUGUAUGACUACAGUUGCAACUGCAUCCAAUGCAAAACAAAUAGAAGUCUUCAAUAGUUGAACACGUCAGAUCAUUUUGCAGCAUCCGUUGUCGAUAAGCAAAAAAAAAAAAAAAGCAUUUAUCAAUCGGAACCGGAGCCGCGUAGAAGAAAAUAAGCUGCACAGCUGAAGGCCAAUAAGUUGACAAGUAAUCCAAAAAUUAACCGACGUGUCAGCGAUUUUCAACACCUCCAAUGGCAGAAACAAGCAUUGAUGUCAGCGGCGAGAUGCAAAUGCCGCCGCCACGUCCAACCGGUGGUCAGACAAAAUUCGGCUUCGAUCUGCAAAGCCUGCAAAGCUUGCCCUCACCCAUGGAGUUGAUACAAAUGGUGCGACUCUCGUUGCGUCCGUGGACUGUGUUCUUCAACAUUAGCAACUUCAAGAGCGCAGUUAGCAUGCAACGCCUCAAGAAUCGUGUCAUGCACAAUUUAUCAUAUUUCCAAAGCAACUACAUAUUCGUAUUUAUUGUGCUGAUGAUCUACUGUCUUAUUACAUCACCGCUUACUCUGCUGGUCUUAGCCGCUGUGGCAUACGGAGCUCACAGAAUACGCUCUUCGAAUAGAAAUUUAACGAUCAUGGGACAUACGGUAACGCCAAAGCAGCAAAUUAUUGGCCUGCAUUUGGGGGCGGCGCCGCUGCUCUUCCUAGUGGGAGCUGGGGCUGUGCUGUUUUGGACAUUGGGCGCUUCCUGCUUUGUAAUUUUCAUGCAUGCAGUUUUCUACAAUAUUGAUGCAAUAGUCACGGAGGAAAACGAAGGAUUUUUAGCGCAGGUCGUCUAAAUGUCCGAUGAAUAUACGACCGAAUAUUUUAUAUACUUCGCAUAUAGAUGCGCUAAUCCUUAGCGGGUUAAUUGCCACACAGGGGCCUUAUUAGAGGAUAAGUUGCAAUAUAUAUUUAUACCGAAUCCGAAAUGUAGUUAAUAUUUAUCAACUCAGACAACAAACGAAGAAAUACAUUAACAACGACAAGAAACGUAA